UGUAAAUACUGUAUCUGUAUCUCACACGACAUUGCACAAACUUCCUUAAACCAACAGCUGUGAAUGAUUCAUUAUCAAUCACUCUGUUCUGUCUCACUUCACUAAACCUUCUUCUUAUGUGUUCUCUCUCAUUUUCCCCAUCAUCCCAAUUCUUCACCUUUUCCUCUGCAACAUUCAAUCCAUCACUUUCUUCCUUACCCACCACCUUUUCUUUCUACAAUUUCAGAUUCCCUCACCCGGCAACAGUUAAAUUUCUCAUCUUGCUGCAGGAUUUUCAUCUGGGUCAUUUUUUCAGUGCACCACCAUGAUGCACGCGAAGACCGACUCCGAUGUCACCAGCAUGGACACGUCGUCGUCGCCGAAGCGCGCCGUGUACUACGUGCAGAGUCCGUCGCGGGAUUCUCACGACGGCGACAAGUCCUCGACGAUGCACGCGACGCCGGCGUUUAACAGCCCCACGGACUCGCCCUCGCACCACUCCUUCGGCCACCACUCCAGGGCGUCCUCUUCGAGCAGAGUGUCGGGGUCCUUCAACAUUGCCACUUGGGGGAAGAAAGCGAACCGCAAACGUGGCGGCGAGAAAGGGUGGCCGGAGGGCAAGGUGAUUGAGGAAGAGGAAGGGCAUUAUGGGGAGAGAGAAGGAUUAUCUAGGAGGACUCAGAUCUUCGUUGGGGUUGUUGGAUUGGCCUUGAUUUUCACUAUGUUUUGUUUGAUCAUUGGUGUGGUUGCCAGGCAUUUCAAAGUUCGUGUCAGUGUUAAGAGUUUGACAUUACACAACUUCUACUUCGGAGAAGGAGCAGACAUGACAGGAGUACCAUCCAAGAUGCUGACAGUAAAUUGCUCAGUGAGAAUGAAAGUGCAUAACCCCGCAACCUUUUUCGGCAUUCAUGUCAGCUCUAAGGAAGUAAAUCUCAUGUAUUCAGAGAUCACAGUUGCAUCUGGUGAGCUGAAGAAUCAAUAUCUACCGAGAAAGGGUACACGGAAUGUGUCUGUGAAUCUGCAAGGAAGCAAGGUUCCUUUGUAUGGUGCUGGUGCAAGUUUAACUGGCUUGGUGGACAAUGGAAAAGUACCUGUGACUCUUGUAUUUGAAGUUAGAUCAAUAGGGAAUGUUGUUGGGAAGUUGGUGAGGUCCAAACAUAGAAGGCAUGUGUCUUGCUCAGUUGCUAUUGAUUCACACAACAAUGGACCCAUCAAACUUAAAGAGAAUGCAUGCACAUACAAUUGAGUGGUUUUGGUUUAGCAGUAACCAGUUUCCUGUGUGCCUUUUCAAUUCAUUCUGCUGGUUUUGUAUUUGCCGUGAAACAACAAAUAGGGUGACAGAAAUACUAUAGUUUAUAUUAUAGAUAGCUUUGGUGGUGCAAUUUUGGGCACAUGAGAUUUGAAAAUCAGUUUAUUGGAAUAGUAUAAUCUCUUUUCCCUUCUUC